CCACAUAUCUCAAUGACUUCACGUUCUUCGCGUCUCCUCUACCGCGACCAAUUGAACACUAUAUACCCAAGUAAACAAAGCGACAACACCAUGCCCUGGAUAAUUGAUCAUCUACAAUAAGCAUAUCUCGAAAUGUCGAAGACCGAGAUACUGCCUCCUAAUAGAGCGACAUUCGCCUCGGUCUUCUCUCAUCCUACAUUCCGGCCGCCCAAACAUCAACAGCGCUUCACCGCGACUGCAAGCAAACAGCUACCAGUCAUCAAGUCAACCCUUAAACACCAUCUACGAUCACUUCUGGGCAUAGGAGAUGAAACCUUCUUGUAUGGUCAGGAUCGAUGGAUCUCUGGAAGGGGUGGUCCAUUUCACAGCCAUUUCGAAACGUGUCCGGAUCCAGCGCAAAUACGGCACCCUACUUCUGAAGACCAUGCUACUCAAUUAGCCAGAGAAUCUCGCUCGCCGUUAUGGACGUAUCUUGAACAAUGGAAAUCAAUCGUGGGACCAUCGACGCUCAAGAAACAACUCGCCAGCUUUCUGAUAGACCUCCUUGCAGAAUUCAUCACCUGGUCCUACGCGGGCGUGUACCGCGAAUGGCUUGAAAGACAUCUUGAUUUUUGGGUUGAGCACCUUCUCGCUCGGAUCACCCAAAAGAUGUGUCAUCAUCUGGAAGACGAUUCCCAGAGUUUAUCUACACCUGUCGAAACGAAGAAAUGGAAAGACAUGGCGACGGCCCGCCUAGGCGCUCUUCGUGUCGAUGAACUCUUCAACGUCAUCGUCGAAUGGGACGUAACUGCACCAGCGAUAGAGGAUCUUCGAGCGUUCACUACUAACCCUGCAACACGAGCAUAUUUGACCCAAGAUUUUGCAAACGUCCUACAAAAGCGCCUUCUACAUCCUGGCGCAUCAACAGUUGAAAUCCUCCAGAUCUACAUCUCCAUCAUCCGCGCAUUCCGCAUCCUCGAUCCAAGAGGCGUGCUCCUCGACCGCAUUGCACGAAAACUGCGUCGCUACCUCCGUGAACGCGACGACACAAUCAAGGUCAUCGUCGUAGGACUCCUCAGUGAUCCAGGCAGCGACGACGGAAAACCAGCGCCCCCUGACCCGAACGUGCUCACCGAGCUUGCUGUGGAAUUAAACAACACCAACAAUCAAUCCAGCGGUGCGGACGAUACCGACUUUGACUGGAACAACAUGGACUGGGUGCCUGACCCGAUCGACGCGGCUCCAGACUACGCGAAGACCAAGAACGACGUGAUAGGAAGUCUGAUCACGCUAUUCGACACGAAGGACGUUUUCGUGCGGGAACUACAAUACUACAUCGCAGAUCGCCUGCUCAAGAAAAACGAAGACUUCAACCAGGAGAUCUCUGUGCUGGAGCAUCUCAAGCUCCGGUUCGGUGACGCAGCCCUGCAAGGUUGCGAAGUCAUGCUCCGCGAUGUCUUGGAUUCGAGAAAGGUGGACACCGUGGUUCGUCGUGACCGGGGAAUGCAUGAUCCGUCGGCCACAGACGGAAGAGAAGGAGACGGCGUCCAAUUACAUGCCAAAAUUUUGUCGCGCUUAUUCUGGCCAUCCAUACCGGAGCAAGGCUUCACCGUGCCUAAGUUCGUGCAGGAACAGCAAAAGAGUUACGAAGCCGGGUUCGAAGCUCUCAAACAGAACAGAAAACUCACAUGGAACAACGCGGUGGGCCAGGUCGAAGUCGAGUUGGAAUUCGAGGACCGUACGGUCGUAGAGGAAGUCCUACCUUGGCACGCAACCGUCAUCUACGCGUUCCAGGACACAGGUGCUGCAGACGCGUCUCCAGUGAGCAAAACCGUCGCGGAACUAGCUGCCGAGCUCAGCAUAUCCCCUACCCACGUACGCAUGGCGUGUGUUUUCUGGAUGAGCAAGCGGGUUCUGAUAGAGACUAUCAGAGACACCUUUGUCGUACUCGACCGACUCCCCGAUGCGACCGACAGUGCCAUGCAAGAUGACGGCAGUGGUGCUGGCAGACACGACACCGCUUCUUCCUCGGCUGCUGCUGCUGCCGCCGCGGUGGCACAGGCAGCAAAGGAGGCCGAGGAGGAAGAGCGAAAGGCCAAAAUGGCGGUCUACCAUCAAUUCGUGGUCAGUAUGCUGACGAAUCAGGGUGCCAUGCCGUUGCCACGAAUAGCCAUGAUGUUGGGAAUAGUGGUGCCAGGUGGAUUCCCCUUUAGUAACGAGGAAUUGAAAGAGUUUUUGGUCGGAAUGGUGAAAGAUGGAGUGCUCGAGAUUGGGCACGGUGGUGCUUAUAAAGUUGUUUCUUCUUGAGCAGGGGUAUCUACCAUACUCAGACAUUCUCACGCCUUCACACCCUUACACCCUCACACACUUUCAUGGUAUCACGGUAUUACGGUUUUACGCAUUACGCAAUACAUAUUUGAGGGUGAUAUUACUAGGACUAUGAAAGCCGAAAACAGGAUGAUCAUUAGGAGGAGAAAAUCAGGUGUCCUUCGCAGGGCAACCGAUAUCGUGACGCUUCAGGGAUCAAUGACGAGAGAACCUCACAUUCGAUCUCAAGCAAAAUCAACAUCGAUAUCAAACAACUCGGUUGUUAUAUCAUCUCGACUCAAGAAGGAUUGAACGAUUGAUACUAUUUUGGCAAGCCAAAAGAUUUCCCAUCUACCUAGGUCUUAAUCGGCAUCCAACCUAGCCACUGGUGGCGUGUCAUCAACCUGAAUGCCACCCCUCUUCCUUUCGUUAUUGUCAGGGAACGGCAACGUCCAACCACCUUCACUAGCCGGAGUGCUCAGCCAGAGCCUCAUGAGGUGUCUCCGCGGCAUGCCGCUCUCGGGCGGGUGGUCCCUGUACUCGGUACGGGCGUGCAAGACGUGGCUGUUGCUCAGGAACUGAAUGUCACCCACGUCGAGGAUCAUGUGCAACUUGACGCGGUUGCACACGGCCUCGAGGGUUUCGAGGGCGUGGACCUGUUCGGCGCUCAGAGGUGGGAUGAUGCCUUUGUCGCUGAACCUGGACAGACUGCGGACGUAGUACGGGUCCCAUUUACAAUAGACUCUGUGCUGUUGACGCUCCGGGUUGGUCGGUUCGUCCGAUGACGAUGGUUCGAGAUACAUGACGGCCGCUCGGAUAUAAGGCUCUUCGCCUUUGCUGACCUCGCCCUUGCGGUCGAAGUACCACACGGGUUUCGUCAGCAGUUCCGCGACAUCGGGGUACUCUGCCUGCAAAAUGUUCCAGACCUGGUGGACGCACGCGACGUCGCUCUCGCCGCCGUACUGGGCACGGGCGACGCACAGGAGGCCCACGACGUCCGAGUCAUCGGCGUGGAAGAACUGCCUCGCGUUGGUGCGGUAGAUGCGGACCUUGUCGAUCUGCGUGCUGUCCUCGCCCAGGUCCUUGACGUGACCGAGGAUGUGGCCCCUGCCGUUCUGCGAGACCGGGUACCCGAUGUACGUGCCCAAGCCGACGUAGGCGACGGCGGACUUGUGGUUGCCCCAUUCGUGGACCGGGAAACCCUUGUACAGGAUGAACCCCUUGCCGUUGAGGAUCUCAUUGCGCAUCGCCGCCAGGCUGGCCGCCAUGGUGGGGAGGGGGAAGUUGGAAGGAUUGAUGCCCGUCAGAGGCAGCUCCUGCGCCACAAACGCGUCGGCCGCAGCGGAGAGCUCGGCGAUCUCGGCUUCAGAAAAGACGUGCGUCCAUCGUUCCGGGUGAGAGGCGUACUCUUCUGCCGACCAGACGGUGGGGCCGCCGCCGAUGUGUUUUGGGAACGAAGAGUAUGGGUAGAGCUUGUCGUAGAGGGGUGGGUGUUGACCCGACGUCUUGAAGCCGUCCGGGAAGAUGGACCGAUCGACUUCUUCCCCAGGAGGUUGGUGCGGAUGGGGUUUCACCGGGGUCGAAGUCGACGGCGGCAGGGCCGUUGAGUCGACGGCCGUAGGUGCCAUCUUGUUAAAAAGAGAUCCCAGGGAGAUGGACCUUACAAGUCGGAUUUAGCUAGUUGAGUAUUUGAGAUUUGAUGGAUAUGACGAGUCGUGAGAUCCCGAGGAUACGAGUAAUGAUAUAAUCUCAA